AUGCCUCCCAAAUCCGGAAAGAAGACCGCCCCCGCGCCCUUCCCUCAGGGCAAGGCCGGAGCAUCAAAGAAGCAGGCCAAGAACCCUCUCAUUGAGAAGCGUUCGCGCAACUUCGGUAUCGGCCAGGACAUCCAGCCCAAGCGCAACCUCUCGCGCAUGGUCAAGUGGCCCGAGUAUGUCCGUCUUCAGCGCCAGAAGAAGAUCCUCAACCUUCGUCUGAAGGUCCCACCUGCGAUCGCUCAGUUCUCGAACGUCCUUGACCGCAACACCGCUGCUCAGGCGUUCAAGCUCCUCGCCAAGUACCGUCCUGAGACCAAGGUCGAGAAGAAGGAGCGUCUCCACAAGGAGGCCACCGCUGUCUCCGAGGGCAAGAAGAAGGAGGAUGUCUCCAAGAAGCCCUACGCCGUCAAGUACGGUCUGAACCACGUUGUUGGCCUCAUUGAGAACAAGAAGGCCAGUCUGGUUCUGAUCCCCAACGACGUCGACCCCAUCGAGCUCGUUAUCUUCCUUCCCGCCCUCUGCCGCAAGAUGGGUAUCCCCUACGCCAUUGUCAAGGGCAAGGCCAGACUCGGCACUGUCGUCCACAAGAAGACUGCUGCCGUCCUCGCUCUCACCGAGGUCCGCUCUGAGGACAAGGCUGAGCUCUCCAAGCUCGUGUCUGCCAUCAAGGAGGGCUACUCUGCCAAGUACGAGGAGAGCAAGCGCCACUGGGGUGGUGGCAUCAUGGGCGCUAAGGCGAACAUGAAGCAGGAGAAGAAGAGAAAGGCUCUCGAGUCUGCUAUCAAGAUCUAA